AUGCGAUCAACACCAGGAGCAGUGGCGGCCUUGGCGACCGUGGCAGCGCACCUCGCCGGCGCCGCCCUGGUUCCCCGUGACGCAGCACCAGCACCGACGACGGCAGCCAUGCCGCUCCCCUUCCCGGCCCAGGUCGCCAUCGACGACUCCAACCUAGCCGUGUGCGCCAACGCCAACUGGCCACCGCCGUCGUCUCCCAUCGGCGAGGUGAUCAACGCGCAGCUGCCCGACGCGGACCUGCAGGCGGCGCUAGGAGAGGUCGACCCGGCGCGGAUCCGGGCCAUAGUGGAGAAGCUGGUCAGCUUCGGCACGCGCCACACGCUGUCGACGCAGGCGGACCCGAAGCGCGGCAUCGGCGCCGCCAGGGACUGGAUCGCCGAGGAGAUGCGUGGCUAUGCGGCCGCCGCGGGCGGGAGGAUGGAGGUCACGGUGCCCGGGUACAUACAGGGCGUCGCGUCGCGGAUAUCGUUCCCGGUCAAGAUUAGCAACGUCGUUGCCACGUUGAAGGGCGAGACGGAUCCGGAUAGGGUAUAUGUCGUCUCGGGUCAUUAUGAUAGUCGGAUCACGGAUGUUAUGAACUACGAGGCUGAUGCGCCGGGGGCGAAUGAUGAUGCUUCGGGUGUUGCUUUGGCCAUGGAACUCGCUCGCAUCUUUGCGACGCGCCGCCCAGCCGCGACGAUUGUCUUUACCGCCGUGGCGGGCGAGGAGCAGGGCCUCUACGGGUCAGCCUUCAUGGCGCAGACCUACCGGAACGCCUCGGUCAACGUAGAAGGCGUGCUCAACAACGACAUCAUCGGAUCUUCCACGGGAUCACGGGGCGAAAAGGACCCACAUACCAUCCGGGUAUUCUGCCAAGGAGGAUCACCACCAGGCGAGUCCGCAGACCGGGCGGCGACGCGAGCCAGCAUCGGCGGGGAGAACGACUCUCCUGCGCGGGAGCUGGGACGGUUCGUGGCCGAGGUGGCGGGCAACGCCUUCACCGACAUGCGGGUGGCGCUCGUGUACCGACUGGACCGGUACCUGCGGGGCGGGGACCACAGGAGCUUCCUGGAAGCCGGGUACGGGUCGGCGGUGCGCUUCACCGAGCCCAACGAGGACUUCAACCACCAGCACCAGGACGUGCGCAACGCGUCGGACGGGACCGUGCUGGGCGACCUGCCCGAGUUUGUCGACUACGACUACGUGGCGCGCGUCGCCAAGGUCAACCUCGCCGCGGCGUGGUCGCUGGCCAACGCGCCGCCGCAGGUCCGCAACGUCACGGUCGACACGGCGACGCUCUCAAACGACAGCGGCCUGUCGUGGGCGAGGAUCGCGGGUGCCGGGGCCGCGCUGGUCAAGGGGUACGAGGUGGUGUGGAGGCCGACGACGGCGAGCAUGUGGACGCACCAACUAUACGUCGGGGAUGUUACGAGCUUCAGGGUGCCGCUGACAAAGGAUAAUGUGAUCUUUGGGGUGCGGAGCGUGGGGCUGAAUGGUUACAAGAGUCCUGCCACGAUGCCGUUUCCGGGAUGA